AUGUCACUCACACAAGGCAAAAAAAUAGAUAUUUCCUACUUCGAUCCAUUCGAUCUGUUCGAAUCAGUGAAAAGUGAGUUUUCACAGAUUCUUCCAUUAGAGAAUAUACACUGGAAAUCUUCCAAUGGUGUAACACGAACUAUAACAUCUCUACCCAUAUCUUUAGAUGUUGAGGAUCAAUCAAAACAAGGCCCAAAUAUUACUAGUAUUCCAUUUAUCAGGACUAUCAUUGUGAGUUGCAACUCAGUUGAAGAAUAUAGAUCAAAAGUAAGGCCUUUACUGAGGGAAUGGCUACCAGAGAUUCAACGUCAUGAAACCAUUUCAAACGGAAAUAAAGGCAUUUCAUUAACUUUUACGAGUACACCUAUUAUUUUUUUUUAUUCAAAUUCAACUGUCGUAGAUUCAAACCUAUUCAAAACAGUGACUAUAAUGGAGAAAUUUAAUAAAGACUUCCCUGAAAUCGAGGCAUUAGAAUUAAAAUCGGUAUAUAAAUCUUUAAAGGAAAAGGAAGAAUUUUGGAAUCGAAUAUCCCAAAAACUUAAAUCUCAUUUCUUGGAGAUAUUUCAACAACGAUUAGACUAUUUAAACGGAAAGCUUACGGAAUACAUGAAAUUAACUGGGGAAUCCAAACAGGAUGCAAAAGAUAUGUUAUUUAUUAAAGAAAAAUUGUUUGACCUAUACUUUAAAGCUAAUUUAUUAGAAGAAGGUUCUAACGAACUUAAAGAAAUAAAAAUUGAUGUCUCUGGUACCAUCGAUGAAGGGAUAUCUAAGGGACAGUUAGAAAUACCAUUCACCUUUGAUAUUCCUGAAGACGACUCGAUAUUAAUUGCCGAUUCUGAGGAAAAUAAACUAACUACUUAUUAUUUGUUGAAAUACUUCUUUAUAAGGGAUUUUUUUUUCUUGGCAUUGGAGGUUAAUAUCAAUACUAGGAUUUUGAAACUUUAUAAACUCACUAAACAAUUUUUGAUUAAUAUUGAGGCUCAAUUUCAUGAUAAUGAAAAUUUACUAGUAUUCAAAUACAUAUUUUUGACUUUAGUGAUAAAAUAUGUUGAAGAAAUCAAAAUUAGUGAUGUAUCCUUGCUAUCAGAAGUGAAAGCAGAAUUAUUGUUAAUGAAACGUGAUUGUUGGAUAAAAGGUGUAUUAGAAAUUACUGAGUAUGUACUUCCAAACAAAAAGAUUGAUAAUUUAAAUAAACGAGUGACUUAUAAGUUUGAUGUUGGAGAGGAAACAUAUAAAGAUGAAGAUACAUUUUAUGAAAAUUUUAUCAAAUUCAAUACAGAACUCUUAGCAUUAUACAAAAAUUGUGAGGGUAAAAGACAAAGAAUCAUUGAUAUCAUAUCAUUAGAAAUUGGUAUGGUUUAUCACCAAAGGAAAGAUUAUCAAAACGCUGUCUCGUUAUUAAUAUCGUGUUAUGAAUUUUAUGUUGAAUCUAAUUGGAAUGUAAUCGGUUUACACAUUUUAAAGGUGUUUAUAGAUUCACUUGAAAAUUGUCCGAAAUUAGAAAACAUUGAGUUAGAUGGUUCUUCCGUUAAUGUAUCGACUAUUUUAUGCAAUUCAUAUUUGAAUUUAAUCAAAUUAUCCUCAAAUUUACAAGAUAAAGAAUUAUAUUGGGAUAAAUUUUUGAAAUUGAAAAAAGGAAAUGAAAUGGAUGAUAUUACAUAUAGUCUAAAUGGAUUUUUUGAUAUAAAUAUUGAACACACUGUUUCGUUGCAACAAGUUAAUACCUAUAACAUUAAUCUUCAAAUUGGCAACAUAGGAUUCCCUGAGGAUGUACAAGCCAAAUUUAUCAAAUUAACAUUAAGAGAGUGUAAUCGUCAAGAGAGUAAAGUUGAAUUUUUACUAGAGAAUGUGGAAUUAAAACGAGGAUCUUAUGAAUAUACUUUAUCUACCAAAAAUAUUAUUUUUGGAAAAUUCGAGAUCAAUUCCCUUGAGAUUAUGAUACAUGACACAAUUUUCUUACAAGAAUUCGGAUUGAAUACUGAAAAUAUUGACGAGGAUAUUAAUUCUUCCGAGCCUAUAAAUGGUAACGCACCAAUCGUUGAAAUAUUUGAACUAUAUAUAAGUGAUAAUAUGUUUAUCAGUUUAGAGCAAGCCAAAAUUUUAGAGCUUGGUGAAAAUUCAUUGGAGGUAAAGAUAGACAAUUUCAAUAAAAUUAAAAAUCCAAAAUUAACUUUAGAGAUGUUAAAUAGUUCAAUAUCUCGGUUUUUUAGUUUCAAGAAUAAUGAAGUUGUUCAUACAAAAAAUAUUGAUAAUAUUACGGAAGAAUGUUUCCGUAUUCCAUAUUACCUUGAAGAACAGAUCACCUCUUUUGAGUUAGAGCUUGAGUUAUCAUUUGAAAGGAAGGAUGUAGAAGGAACCUUUUCGGAAAGGAAAACAAUUCAAAUUGAAUGUUUCUUACCUGUAUCUGUAUCAGUGGAAGAUAUAUUCAAGAAAGAUCUUUUCUUCUUUAAAUUUUUAUUAUCGUCUUCCUUAAGAGAAGUACCUAUUAUACUACAUAGUUCAAAACUGACCAUAAAGGAAUCUGAUCGUAAGAACAUGUAUGAUAUUAUUGGUGACUUUGAACCCGAGGCAGCUGUUGUAUUAUUGCCUUCAAUGGAAGAAACUUGUUUAAAUUGUUAUAGAUUACGCGCCAAGGAUAAUUUUAACACAUCUGAUAUAUUCAAUUUACAUGUUCAUUAUAAUACAUUAAAGGAACAAGUGGAUUGUCUAGUUACGGAUUCUAUCCUGGUGGAAGGUGACGUUGAAUUUUAUAAGAAAUAUUAUCAAUGGAGAAUUUUCUGGAGCAGUAAUAUAUUAAGUCAACUACGUUACGAUUAUGAAUUAUUUAAUAAAUCCAAGAUUAUCCGUAUUGACAAUGGAUUAAACAUUGUCAAAGGGUUGAAUAAGAUAAUUUGUAAAAAAAUAUCUAGUGAUCCAGCAGUUAAAUCGAAAAUGUUAAAUUGUUUAGAAAAUCUAACACGGGGAGUUCCAAUAAACGAAUUAGAUAUUAGUGAAUACACACAAAAUUUGACACCUCGUGAAUUAAUCGUUCCUGUGACAUUACCAGAAUUUGAGCAAUUCUACCGUGUUACUUUCAAUAAGAUUGAACCCAUUAAUGAGAAAAUCAGUACUGAUCUAGGUACACCACAACAAUUUGAUAUUGUAAUAGAGAAUAUGAGCAAUAAUUGGGGUCGUCCCUCAACUGCUGAGAUUACAGAUCAUAUACUUGAAAUACAGAGCAACAAUGACUGGUUACUACAAGGUAAGAGACGGUUCAUGAUUCCAAAGGACAAAUAUAAAUUCUCUGUAACAUUGAUUCCAUUAAAGACCGGAUAUAUUACACUACCUCACGUAGAGAUCACAAAUCUACAAGGAGAAGCCAGCCGUGUAGACCAAGCCAACCAGUACGAAUCUAUCCUAGUUCUAUAA